AUGAGAAUCCAUCGUGACAAUGUUUUCGACUAUAAUUCUUUAAGUAAAGCUGAGACCAUCUUCAAACAAGGGAUGGGAAAUAAGCAGUACAUAGAUUUGCAGAAAGAGAUGACCAUCUGGGAUCGAACUGGUAAAAGAGGGUUAAGGAAAAGUGCAACCGACGAUGUACUUCACGAUGCAGCUUCCUUUAUGAUCUGUUGUGAACCUGCAACGAAGAAGAAGAAGAAGGAGAGUGAAGAGAGCGUGGGCUAUCAAGUUAGCCCAAUGGAGGGAGCUGAAAGCGAGAGAGUAUACACGCCGCCCACAAACACACAGUCGAUCGGGUCUUUCUCUUUCUUUCUUUCUUUGUAUCGUCAGUUGAUAUUUCAUACGUGUGAUCCUAAAGAAGAAGAGCUUCACAUGUCUCAUAGCGCUGAUUCCUUGGCCGCCCCCGCCCGUAACUGCUUGAAAUCCCUCAAAACUGCUCAUCAGGAUUCAACGAUCAUAUUAUGUACAUAUUGCGGCAAAGGCUUCAAAUCCAGAAACGCCUUGCACGGUCAUAUUCGGAUCCAUACUGAGUAUCAGCCUAGGUCCAAACCUGGACCCCAAGAUGAUGGUUUUGCUUGUUUGGUUUGCAACCAAAGUUUCUCGUCGAUGCAGUUACUGUGCCUGCAUAUGAGCCAGCAUAUGAGAAUCCACCGCCGUACCCUUCCCAACGGUGUUCACCACCCUCCUGCUGCAACGUCCCAUGAAGCCGACACCACGGUGAAACUAUGGGUUGAGAGCACAGUCUCUUCACGUAAUGACCAAAACCUAGAUUUGCUGAAAUACAUGCCCACCUGCUCCCAAACUGAAAAAAGAGGUUUCAAGAGAAGUGCUAGUGACGGCCACAUAAUCUACGAUGCAGUGCCGUUGAGAUUCUGUCACGCUCGCCAUCCUCAGAUGAAGACUGAAGAGAGCACCAGCUAUCGAGAUAUGGAUGGAGUUGCUGAUUCUGAGAGCACGUUGCUUGCCAAUACAUGGAGCUUGAUACCCUAUUGCGAGCCGAUAACAACGGUGAAGUUGGGAACUCAAAAUUCUAACAAGUCCAACCAAUCCCAUGAAAGAAGAUCAAUGAAGAAGGCUAAAUUAGAGAAGAAAAGCGUGCACCAAUGUGAGAUAUGUAGCAAGACUUUCGCCACAGGUCAGGCACUCGGUGGCCACAAAACAGCCCAUCGGAUGAAGGAUCCAUUGAAGGUGGAGUUAGCACAGGCAAAAACCAAACGAGGAGGGUGUGGUGAAGCUAAAGAGAGUGUCGCCAGAACGCUGUUGCCUGAACAAGUUCAUCCUAAGAAGUUGCUGGAUUUUGAUCUUAAUAUCCCUUAUCAGGAGUAA